AUGGUCUCUGUCGCAAUCCUCGGUGCCGCUGGAGGCAUCGGCCAGCCGCUGUCGCUGCUGCUCAAGAUGAACCCACACGUGACGCGGCUCAACCUCUACGACCUCGUCAACGUGCCGGGCGUUGCCGCCGACAUAUCGCACAUCAACACAAACUCCACGGUCUCGAGCCACCUGGACAAGCAGAACCUAGGCGCAGCACUCACAGGCGUCGACAUAGUCAUUAUCCCGGCCGGCGUGCCGCGCAAGCCUGGAAUGACUCGCGACGACCUGUUUAACAUCAACGCCGGGAUUGUGCGCACGCUGGCCGAGGCCAUCGCCGACUACUGCCCGACGGCGAUCGUCGGCGUGAUCUCCAACCCGGUCAACUCCACUGUACCCAUUGCUGCCGAGGUUCUCAAGGCCCGCGGCGUCUACAAUCCCAAGCGCCUGUUCGGUGUCACUUCACUGGACGUGGUUCGGGCCUCGCGCUUCGUCCGCGACAUCCGGCCGACCGUCGACGCUUCCGCCCUGCGCAUCCCCGUGGUGGGCGGCCACUCGGGCACCACAAUCGUCCCGCUUCUGUCGCUGGCUGAGCCCCGCUUUGGCGGCGACGAGGUCGUGCAGGCCAAGGCUGGCGCGGGCUCCGCUACCCUGUCGAUGGCGUAUGCUGCAGCACGUUUCACCGACUCGGUUAUUCGCGCAAUCAACGGCGAGGAUGUCGUCGAGCCGGCCUUUGUCUCACUGGACGCGGAUCCCCACGGAGCAGAGAAUAUCCGCGCGCUUGGCGCCGGCAGCCUCGAGUACUUUGCGGUGCCCGUGCAGCUCGGCAAGGAGGGCGUCCAGCGCAUUGUGCCGGUUCCCAGCGUGACGCCGUUCGAGCGCAAGGCCAUUGGCGUUGCUUCGGCCGAGCUCCAGAAGAACAUUUCAAAGGGCGUCUCGUUCACGCAGAAGGCAAAGAUCUAAAACAGCAUGUACUUUUUCCCGUCGCCCAAAUAUAUUCGAUAGAUGGACAUU